AUUACAAACGUCAUAGUGCUAACUCAGCAGCAAGGCGCGACUCGCCUGUCCUAUCCCUCUGUGGCUGUAACUAGCUUAGUUUAGCUCGCUGGCGAAAUAGGGACAAUGGGAAGUACAGAGAACGGAAUAUAUGAACCACUCCGAAGACAGCGCGACAAAUAGUACUAGCCGUAAGUAUAGGCGACGCUAAACGCACGAAGCGACAGUGUGCAGAUCUGAUAGUACUGGCAGGGUGACGAACAGGCUGCAGCAAUGAAGGUUUUUGCGACUAAAACAGACAACGGAUAGCAGACGGAGGAGGUGAUACUGCUGCUGAUGGAAGUGGUUUCCUCCCUUUUCUUUUUCAUCUUGUUCUUUAAUUCUCCCCGUCGUAGCAGUGCCUGUCGGUCAGUCAUCAUCGGUCCCGCUCGCACUCUCCAUAUCAUUGGCGUCAUCAUCCUUUUCGAGAUACGACUACCAGGAGUAUCUGCGACCUAGUAUCUGUUUGAGCGUGCAUUUGCCGUGAAGAAGCGACGUCGCAUCUCAUCACCAUUCGUUCGGGUGAACAAACAGAGUUUUCGAAUGCUGUAGCCUCUAUAUCUCGUCGUGCUUAGAAUCAGGAUGGAUAUGCACGGUGGGCCUCCUGCACUGUUACGAGGAGGGCUAUUGCUUUCCGUCGCUGUAGCCUUGACGUUAGCCCAAUGCAAUGGAUGCGUAAGCUUCAUAUGCCUUCUACCGAAAGUCAUGUAUGAAGGAGACAAAAACAUGUUCAUUCUUGAUGUGGAAAACCAGGACCAGGAUGGAAAUGUCACUAUUAAAGUGGUAGAUCAAGACAACAGCAGUGUGGUACAUUACACUAAGGACUACGAGCUCAAGAAAGCUGACGGACACCUAUUCCAGCUCGACGUAUCGGAUAUUAAGAUCGCCCGCACCGAAAAAACGCAUUACGUAAAAACAUAUCGAGUAAUGCUUGAUGCUAAAUUCGGGGAGACGAAGGUCAGUCGGAACACGACGAUACGAAUACACCCGCCGGAUCUACUCCUGCUCGUACAAACGGACAAAAAGAUCUACAAACCGGGACAGAGAGUCUAUAUUCGAGCAAUGCCUCUUGAUUAUAAUCUCCGCCCUCGAAAAGACGGCAACGUGACUGUGUCGGUCGCCGACCCAUUGAAUAACGUGGUGGCCAUUUGGAAAGAUGUACCCCUAAUGAAUAUGGUUGUACAAUUUGAUUUUCAAAUAACGGACGAGCCUCCGAUCGGAACAUGGUAUAUUAACGUUAAAUACGAUGGCACAAGAUCUUCGCUGCAGGCUGAUACAAGGGCUUCCGCGACGAACGAGCCACCUGAGGAUCAAUUUGUGUAUAAUAGUGAAUCGGAAUUGGUGACAAGUACAUUCGUUGUUUCCGAGUACACGUUACCGAAGUUCGAAGUUCGAAUUAUACCACCGCCAUUUGUACUGAUGGACGCGAGCAGUGUUUCGUUCAAAAUAUGUGCCAACUAUACAUUUGGCAAGCCUGUUAUUGGAAAGCUCAAGGUCAACACGACGCUCACUCGUUACCACUGGGAAAUCCAGCCUGUACCAAUAAACUUUGUACAAGGCAAGAUUAAUGGAUGUUACGAUCUAACAAUCGAUACGUCAACACUGAAUCUCACGAACUCGAUAUAUGAGUUCCGCAAAAUUCAAGUACUGGCUAACGUGUUCGAAGAUAAAACCCAAGAACAAAGGAACUCUACUUCAACUAUUUCACGCACCAACCAGCCGUUGAAGCUGACCUUCCAGCCCAACACAAACGGAAAAUACUUCCGACCCUUUAUGAAUACCUACGGACAGCUGAAGGUAACAAAUCCUGACGAUACUCCGGCUCCGAAUGAACCGGUUGAAUUGUGCUUAACUGCUAAAUCCGAAGUGUACGAGUUCCAUCAUCAACGUACCGAUAACCGCCUUAUGUGCAAGAAUUAUACCAGUGACACUCAAGGGAUGAUUAACUUUGUUUUACCGCCUCACAGGCCUUCAGUGGUAUCCUUUGGUAUCGAGGCUGUGGCGUUGAACUACCCUACAAAAAAAUAUCCAGGAAACGAUUACAGCAUUCUCAUUAACCAGCCCCGCGCAUCGACCUUUUAUCGAGCGUUCUUCUCGACCUCAGAGCGCUACUUACAAUUUGAGCCCAUUGCUGCUGAAAGCCAGCCUUGUGAUGCUCCUGUAAACCUUUCGGCAUAUUAUACCUUCGAGGAUGGAGAUGAGAAUAUACAAUUCAAAUACGUAGUGUUGGCACGGGCGAGAAACAUAGUUUCAAAGACAAUAACCGUUCAAAAACCUCAAGAACUGACCGCAAAACUUAACGAAACGGAGUUAUUAACUGAGGACUACCCCCAGAUUUGGAGUGAUGUGGCGAAAACGAACGAUAAGCAGAUUGGACGUAUUGAUUUCGAGGUUGACCCAGAAUCAUCCCAGUUGCCACAGCUGACCGUCCUUCUCUACUAUAUUCACAAUGGCACUGAAGUUAUAGCGGACAGUAUUAAAGUCAUCCGGGAUGUUUGCCCCUCUAACAAAGUUGAACUCAGUUUUUCCGAAACGGUCAUUCAGCCAGGAGGCUUUGUGAACCUGAUGCUCUCAGCCUCGCCGAAAUCUCAGUGUGGCUACGAAGUUGUGGAUCGUAGCGUCAAGCUACUUAGCGGCAAUGAACCGAAUCCAUUCUACAAAUACCGCAACGCUCUUCCGAACCGUGAAAUUAGCCAGUGGGAGUAUCCUCAAGCUGACAACUAUCGGCACUGCAUACAAAAUGGUGGACAAAGUGAUUACGUCGAUGUUGAAAGUGUUAUGCUGAAUCCCGGCUGGACUCUUAUCGAGUACAAUAUAAAGCUCAGUAUCCGCCCGUGCCGUUCAACUCGUGAUGGAACUCCGGUACCAGAACUUAAUCAGCUAACAAGGGCUCUAACGAUAGCUCAAUCUGCUGGUGGUGCGGCCAGCGGACCUCGGACUUUCUCAUCCCGUCUGGGAUUAUCUCGACAGCCCCCACUCCGUCCUGCUCUUCCACUUGGUGCCUACAUUAUUGCAGGAUACCCCUCUGGCAGAGGUGGUGCUAUGCCAAGUCUAUACCAAUCACAGGAGUUAGAUAUCGCAGGAGUUCGUCCACGAUCAUUUUCUUUGUCGACACCGAGCGCCUCGAGGAUCGGCAAUGACUUCGGAGUGGAUUCUGCCACAGCGAGCCAGAGUGUCGUCGACAUCCGUAAUUACUUCCCGGAAUUGUGGCUUUUCCAAUUGAACGCAAUAGAUAACACAGGAAAGUUGGCAAAGAAUCUGACUGCUCCACACCAGGUGACUACAUGGAACGCCGACGCUAUGUGCAUUCAUCUUGCCGACGGACUUGGAGUUGCAGAAACCAAGGAGGUCAAAACGUAUCAGGCGUUCUUCACCGAAGUCAAGCUACCUUAUUCUGUCAAACGUGGAGAGAAGCUCCCCAUUAUAAUCAGUACCUUUAACUAUUUACCGCACUGUAUGCCGGUAUCAAUCGACAUUGACCCACUUCCUGGCCUCGAAGUGGAUGACAAAACCUCGUUAAGUAAAGAAGCCUGCAUAUGCCCGGAUUCCUCUCCAUUUCAUUACGAACUACGUGUAAAGGUAACCGAUCAGGCCCUAAUUGGUGAUCUCAACGUAACAGUGACAACGAUUAAUUCGGAGAAUAUGUCCGUGUGUGAAGGAAAACAGGCUCUAUCCGUAGCUUCAAGAGACAAAAUCACCCGCCCCUUAAAGAUCAUCCCCGAAGGUUUUAUGCAGGAGGUUUCGGAAAGCCGUAUGCUCUGUCCAGAGAAAGAAAAAAGCGUAGAGACGACAUUCAAGCUUGAAGUGCCCGAUAAUGCUGUCAAGGGUUCCGCACGCUCGCUGUUUUCGGUCAGCGGUGACAUGAUGGGUCAAGCGGCCUCGAAUCUUGACCAUCUCAUUAUUCUGCCGACCGGUUGCGGAGAACAAAAUAUGGCAAAGCUCAUGUCCAAUCUCGCAGUCAACGAUUAUCUUCGAGCUAGUAAACAGCUUGAACCUAAGCUAGAAAACAAGAUUCUUCACAACCUGAAAACGGGCUAUCAGAACCAAUUGAAGUACCGCGGCCGCGAUGGAUCCUAUUCAGUAUGGGGUGGACACUGGGGACAGGCCUCGACAUUCCUUACUGCCAUGGUAUACGGCGGACUACGGGAUGCCAAGCAGUAUAUCUUCAUCGAUGAUGCCGGUCAGGAAACAACUUUGAAAUAUCUCAUCGAUACCCAGAAUACAACCACGGGCUGUUUUAACCGAAUCGGCAGCAUUUACAGCUGGGCUCUCAGGCGGUCAGAGUCUUCCGACGACACUCGUGGCUCCUACACAGCCUACGUGAUGGCGGUCCUCCGAGAUGCAAUUACCGACAAACGGCGAAUCAUGAAAGGCCUCCUUUGUAUCCAAGCUCAGAAGAACAUGGAUGCGUACGCCUUGGCUCUCAGUGCGUACGCCGCAGCUCUCUACGAGGACAACGAACUGGCAACGAAAUACCUCAGCGACCUAAAGGCCUUCGAAAACACGAAGUUUCCGAACCAGAAGUUUUACGCUAGGGAUGACACGUGCUCAUCAAACGCCGUGGAAACAGCCGCAUAUUCGGUGCUGGCGCAGUUAGAGCUCCACAAAGACUCGCCUGAUGCUGCUCUCCAAGAAGUACAACCUAUUGUGAGGUGGCUCAUGAAAAAGCAAAAUCGGAAUGGAGGCUUCACGUCCUCUCAAGACACCGUUAUCGGUCUCAAAGCGAUGUCGAAGUUCGCUGCUCUCACGUACGGAAAGCAGGCGGGCAUACAUUUCGAUCUUAUCGCCAAAGGCGUCGACUUUGAUGAGAAAUAUAAGAUCACUAAAGACAAUGCCAUUGUCUGGGAUACCAGGCUUAUCAAGACGGUUCCAAAUGAUCUUGCUGUCGAAGGAACUGGCUUAGGAUGUGUAGUUGUCACGUCUCAAAUUCGGUACAACCUACCAAAAAUACCCAGUGAAGCUGGAUUUGACUUCAAUAUUACCGUCGCCCCCGGAUCAACGGUCGAGCAUACCAGUCUUGAGCUAUGCAUCUCGUAUGAAGGCGUUGGCGGGCAACCUUCCUCGAUGGCAAUCGUACAGCUAGAACUUCUAAGUGGAUACAACGCCGACAAAUCGUCUUUGCAGGCCCUAAUCAAUUCCGGCAAAGCUCGACUGUUUGAUAUCGAGAAUGGGCACGUCAUUAUCUACUUUCAGGAGUUUACGUCAACACCGAGUUGCUCGAUCAUUCAGCUCGAGCGUGUCUUCGACGUGGAGAAUCUAAAGCCGGCCACCGCGAAGGUUUACGACUACUAUGAUACAGAUAAACAAAAAUCGAUCGAGUAUACGCGCGGAGAUCUCCAGUCAGAUCUUGACAACAUUUGACUGUCAAAUCGUACGGCGGCGUCGAACGAGAUUUUCUAGGAUUCAACGUUUACCAUUGUACCAGGUCAAAACGAGGGGCCUAAUUCUCUUCAACAGCUACUUUGUCAUGGAGCAAAUUGUGUAUCAACGUUUCCAGCCGAAUUUUGUUAAGUGCAGCUAUUACUGCCCGUCCAAGGGGUUUUAGCAGUUAAUCAUAAUCAUAACAGUAAUAAAUAAAACGCAAUUCUAUAAACUACUGGGUUAAUUAUAGUCGCAAGGAGUACCCCGAAGAUAA